AUGAACCGCAGGCAUAGCGGUGGUGGGGACACCCACUACAAAAUGUGCAAGAAGAUUGCUCAGCUGACAAAAGUCAUUUACCAACUGAAUACGCAGAAUGAAGACUACGAUGCGAGGAAUGCUGAGAUGCGCCGGAGACACGAGGAGGAGCUGCGUACAGUCUGCAGCGAAGCAGAACUUCGUGUGGAGGGGUUGCGGAAGGCUUUUCGUGAGGAAGAGGAAAAACGCAAUGGUGCGGUUGAGGCAAUGAAGCGUGGGUACAUGGUGGAGCUUCAGGAGGCAAAGGAUGCAUACGCACGGAAAUCUGCCUCCAUGGUGGAUGAACUUUCUGCCAGCAAGAAAAGAUUUGAGGAGGUGAUCGCAGAGGUGAGGGGAAAGGCACUGGAGGAGGCAGCCAAGAAAUCCGCGGCAAAAGAAGCGGAAACGGCGGCGUUGUGCGCGGCAAAGGACGAGGAAACAGCGAGGCUAAGAGCAUCAAAGGAGCAGGAGAUUUCAAACUUGGUACGGGAAUAUAACGAGCGGUACAAGGCGAUGUUGGCUGAGCAAAUGGAUGCUAGAGACACAUUGGAAGAAAAGCUGCAGCUGCUGCAGUCGCAGCUUGAUGCUGCCGCCGCGGCCCAUGCAGAGGAAUUGCAAAAAUGGGAGCAAAAAUUGCAUGAUUCCAAUAAUGUUGCCACAAGUACGUCUGCGGAGUUGUCGCGGUGGAAGGAGGACUGUCGGUGUCGCGAAGCGGAGGUAAGCAGGCUUCAGCAGGAGUGUGACACGUUACAUCGUCGUCUUGAUGCCGAGAGUAAUUCAUUGGGUGUGUCGCGUGACGUUGAGGCGACACUGCGGCAGGACGCGGAACUGUUGAGGACGCAUCUAAAGGAAGUGCAAGAGGAGCGUGACAAACUGGAGCGAGCACUGAGCGAGAAAACGACGGGGCUCACCAAGGCUUCUGCCGACAUAACAGACUUAGAAAACCAAAAGAGUCUGCUGGAAACUCAACAAAGCCAUCUUUUGCAUGACCUCAAUGAUGCAGAGAAGGAAAACCAGCAGUUGUUGAGUCGGGUCGAAGCACUCGACCGUCGCGUGCUGGAGCUGGAGGAGGCGAAGAAGGCGGCGGAGCAAGAAAUUGAGCGAAGAAAUCGGGCGGAACGAUUACUGGAGGAACGCUGUGACGAGUUAGGACAAAAUGCCUCCGAACUUGUUAAGAAACAUCAGGAAGAAAUUAACGCGCUUCAAGCAAAACAUGAAAAUGCUCUUUUCGACAUCCAUUUGGCGUCGCAGAAGUCGAAUGACGUGUUCGUGACCCAACUUCGGCGUGAAAAGGAGGAGCUGAUUAGUCACCACACACAGGAGUUGCGACGGCAGCAGGAGCAGCACGAUCAGCAAAUAGAAAACCUGACACGUGAGCAUGAAAAGGUUCUUUUGGAUCUUCGUGGUCAGUUGUCAAGUGCUGAUAGUGUCGGGGGAGACCUACGCGUCACCGUCGCGCAGCUGCGGGAAACCGUUGUCAAACUCGAAGAGGAGUUAAAUGCCGCAAAGAAUGAAAUUCGGGUGGUUGUCAAACAGAAAAAUGAAUUGGCAGCGAAAUGUGAGGCAAUGAGGGGUGACCAUGCGCGGCGAAUAGCGGAGAUGGAGGCACGUAUGAACGCCAGUAUGAAUGCCGAGCGGGAAGUGCAAAUUGGAAAGAGAGAUGCGCUUGAGGCGGAGAUUGCUUCCCUUCGCAAUAAGCUCCAGGCCGAUGCGGAAUCGAGCGAACGGAACUGGGAAAGCAAAAUUAGGGCACAAGCAGAAGAGUACGAGAGCCGUUUGCGACAACUUCGUGAAGAGCAUAAUAACAGGCUGCGUCAUCUUACGGAGUUGAACAAUUCAGCCAACGCACAACUAGAGGCGAGACACCAAGAGCAGAUUCGCAACCUCAUGGAGGCGGCUAAGCUACAAAAGGAGGCAGAACGUAAAGAAUCGCAUAGCGAGAGAAAAGAGUUUGCUAAGCAGUUGCAGCGAAGUGAGGGGGAACUGCAGCGGGCGAAGGAUCAACUGGACGCUAUGCGGCAAAGCGCAAAGGAGCAUGCAACUCGAUUCUAUGAUGAGAUACAGUCACAGAGGCAGUACAUUGCAAAGUUUACCGCCGAUUAUGAACUCCUACAAGAGGAGCUCCAAAAGUCCAAUGAUGAGCUUCAUGGCUUGCGUGAGGAGUAUGCCCAGCUUGAGAAGGAGAUGCGUCUGUGGAAGGGCCGUGAGUGUGACGCUCGUCAGGCGUUGGAGCGGCUGGAAGAGGCGUCAUCCCGAUCGAUGAAGGAGGUGGAAGCGCUGCACCGAGAUUAUGUCUCGAGUAUGGAGGAGAAGUUUUUGCAGAAGACGCAGGCCGCUUUGGCUGAGCUCCGUGCCAGUUUGACAGCAGAACGUAAUGCAGUGCAACUGCGAGCCGAUGGAGUGAUCGCGGCCGCGCGGCAGAAGUGCGCCGACCUCCAGGAGGAGGUGAAGAGUCUAAACCUCAAGCUAGACGCAUCUGUGCACGAUAUUCGGAAACGCACGGAGGAGCUCGAACGGGAGAAAAGUAGCAAGGAGGCGGCGCAUCGUGAGUUUACCGCCACGUUGGAGGCGAUGCGGCGCGAUUUUGAAGAUGAAAAGGAGAGCCGGCGCCGCGACACGGAGAAUCAGCUGAAAGAAAUAUCAACUAACCACAAGACGAUCAUUGAUGAUCUCAUGGGGCAACACGAUGAGGAGCGAACGACACAAAACGAUGUCAUACGGAAGUUGCAGGCGGCACUCGAUGAACUGCGGUAUCGUUAUGAGUACCGCGAGUCAAGAGAAGAAGAUGUCGCGAUGAUUAACCGUCUUAUGAGGGAAAUAAAGCAGAAGGAUCAGGCGCUGGAAAAAGCGAUACACGAUAUAAAGAUGUAUAAACUGGAGCUUAUCAAUCGCGAGGAGAAUUAUAACAAGGUCUUUGGACGACGGCCGCUUGUCGAGCCCGGCUCUCCAGCUGACAAGGCACCGCGGCUGCAGCAGGGGAUGCGAGAAAACCGAGAUCGACCAGAAAGGCGAGCAACGCAGCAGUAA